AGAACUCGUAAUCCAUUUGAGCGGAUCCAAGCUUGGUACAAACUCAACUUUCCAUUCACCAACAAUUAUUUAAAAAUGGCUCCCUUCUCAUUGAAACCAUUUAUCCCCCCUCAAGUUGCUAAUCCUACAGCUUUAAAUGCAUUCCCCAGUUCUGCUCGAAUGGGCCGUAUUGUGGACUUCUACACUCGUUUGCCCAAAGGUUCCGCCCCUAAGAAGUCUAGCAAUGGCUUUUUCAACUGGUACUACGCCAAAUACCUCGGCAAAAACGCCAGUGGUGCACCUUUGCUCCAUUUAGUAGGUGCCAUUUUCAUCUUUUCUUAUGCUUCUGAAUACUUUUAUCAUAUUCGUCAUCACGAACAUUAAGAAAUCCUACUUGCUUUAUUCGGUCGGGCGUGGAAGUUCUUUUUCCUCUCUUUUCUAUCCUUGUCCGUCGUAGUGGUAGCCUAUGAUGAAUGGAUAAUGAAUAUAUUUCGUUAAUCAGUCAAUGUUUUUGAAACUUAUAAACUUUUCUAUUUGAAGACUUGAAAGUAUUCGAUGCUAAGUUCCUCGUGUAAAAAUCACAAUCUUAAAUCAUAAAUGGAAGCAUUCUUAUGACAUGGUGAAAAAGAACGAAGUCUAUUUGAGAAAUCUUCCAUUUCUAAACUACACAAUAAGUAUUCUUCCCUAGUAAUAUCGUUCGAUCGUAAAACCUACAAAAUUGUAUACCUUUGAAAGCCUGAUAGUAACAAUUUGAAACCACACAUCCAUUUCAAAGCAAGCCCUUUAAAAACCUAUAUUGGAACUCUUGCAGCAGUUUUUACUUCUCCUUUUACUUUAUUCCAUUGAA